UGUCGGAAGCUGCCUGCCGUCUACCGCACUCCAACUUUAGCAGGUAAUACCUGUGGCGUACGAGAAGCUGAUGUGCAGGUAUCUGGUAAUUAAUCCAUAAGUAGUAAAGGGAGUAUCCUAGAGCGAUAUGUCCGAUGUUUUUUUGGUCGGUCUUAGGUCUUAGGUUUCAGUGAUUUGUUUACGGGGGCGGCUGACUUUGCGCGUGAAAGUAGGGCCACAUGGAUGAUUGCGCAGGACAGCUUGACUUACGUUGGUUCAGUGUGCAUAUCCGGAUAUCUGCGGCAAAGUGCAACGAUUUGAGGAGGCACCGCUGACAGGUGUCUACUAUAUUUAUUGCAAAGCUGGUGCAAUUUCGUAUAGUUGCACGUCCUUCGCCCGCAGUUGAAUAUCAGCCACGUCAAGACGGUGCUUUUCAGCUUCGUUACAAUCAUGCUUACAGUAUUGCGUUGUUCAGCGCGAAAGAGGCCUAUGUGAGUGCAAAAAAUUGUGCGGGACUACCGUUGUCGGAGUAGUCCAUCGACGAGCCGGAUCAACGUUGUUUCACGAUCCUUUGGCGCCACCGAGAAACUUCCAACGGGAUAAACACUCGCUUUUGUGGGCUGUGUGUGUGAGGGUUCGCGGGUACGAACAACAGGAUUACAAGUCCCUGCACUCGCCACGAACAGCUGCACCAUGCGUGACGGGAGCUCAUCCUGGACUGAGUUUCUCUUGGUUCAACUUUACGUCUGCCUCUUCUUCGGUCGAGGCUCGGCGUCGAGUACCCUCCAGGGCAGUGGCCGUGGUCCCACAAUCGUGCUCGAGCCUCCAACGCUAGUGGAGUUUUCGAGCGAUGCGGGCGCCGUGCUUCCGUGCUCUGCGCAUGGUCAACCUCAGCCCAACGUCCGGUGGGAGAAAGAAGGACGGGAGCUCGGCAACCACGGUUCCCGGUCUCCGAGAAACUCGAUCUGACGGCUCGCUCGUUUUUCCGGCGUUCAGCGGAUCGCAAUUCCGGCCGGAAGUGCACACGGCAACCUACUGCUGCGUGGCUUCCAACGCAUUCGGACUGGUCAAAAGUCGACUCGCACAUGUCCGAGGGGUGGUUCUCGAGAAGUUCGUGGCCAGCGUGUACGACGUCUACGUGGUUCGCGGCAACUUGGCCCUACUCCGCUGUCACGUGCCUCCCGCUGUCAGAGAUUACGUCACGGUGUCGUCAUGGGUGCUCGACGAUGGCGUCACAGUUGGCACGCUCGGGAACGACGGCAACCGGUAUUUCAUGCUACCUAGUGGCGAGCUCAUGUUACGGAACGCCGACAGUACCGACUCUCAGCGCUCCUAUCGCUGCCAAGUUCACAACAGACUCACUGGAGAGGGUCAUAUAAGCAGCGGCGCGGGAAAAAUUAUCGUAACAGAACCGCACAGCUUGCUGCCGCCCAGAAUGACCGAGUACCGAAGCUCGGUUCGCGUCGAGAAAGGAGAGAGGGCCGUACUGCCGUGCCUUGCACAGGGCCAUCCGCCACCUAAGCACCGCUGGUUUCGCAUCAGCAGCGCAGAGUACCAGCAAGAGGCGCUCGGAUCGGGUGCUUCCGACGGCCUAGACAGUGCAGUGCCAGUCAUGCUGUCUGACACUGUGAUACUACUGCCUGGCGGCCCUUUGCUCUUGCACGCUGCUGGAACGCAGGACAGUGGAAGAUACCUCUGCGUAGCCAACAACUCCGCCGGCGAAGACAGGGCGCACACAGACCUUCUCGUCGCCGUGCCUUUGUCCGCAAGGAUCGAUCCGUCCGUCCAAGUGGUGGACGUCGGUCGGAGUGCGAACUUCAGCUGCCGCGUGGGUGGACACCCAGUGCACGGCGUCGUGUGGACCCACAACGGACGUAGAAUAACGCCCUCUUACACGUCACGGCCGCCGACGUCUUCCACAUCCGCUAUCCGCGGCAGCGGAGAAGCCAAGCCGAGCUCGGGAACUGCUUUGUCGAGGAUUACUGUGCUAUCCCGAGACACGCUUCACAUCAACAGUGUGAACCGACAGGACAGGGGCAUGUACCAGUGCCUCGUCUACAACGAUAGAGACUCGGCUCAAGGCUCGGCGCAGCUCGUAAUUGGAGAGGACGCUCCCGUGUUCGAACAAGUGUUCACGGAGCGGCAGGCGCGACCCGGCACCACCGUGUCGCUCAGGUGUUCGGCAUCGGGAAAUCCGCUUCCACAGGUUACGUGGUCUCUGGAUGGUGCGCAAGUGCCCGAACACUACCACGUCCGUAUAGGAGACUACGUCAGCGGUGAAAGACUGGUCCACAGCUACAUCAACAUGACCGGCGUGCGAGUGGAGGACGGUGGCCUCUACAGCUGCGUGGCCCGCAACGGCGUCGGCCGAGUCUCUCACACGGCCAGACUUAACGUUCUCGGAAAGCCCUUGAUUCGACCAAUGGCUAAUGUGACGGCACUGGCGGGACGCACAAUGCAGCUGCACUGCGCCGUCGCCGGACAUCCCAUAAAGAGCAUCGUCUGGCAGAAAGACGGCCGAUCGCUGCCUCAAAACCAUCGUCAGCACAGCUUUCCCAACGGAAGCCUGGUUGUGGCAGAGGUGCAGCGUAGCGUGGACAGCGGUUGGUACGCGUGCGUAGCCAAGGAUCCUCAAGGAAAUACGGCCAGAGGACAGCUGGCUGUGCACGUCAUGACUCCGCCUGUCGUGAGUCCAUUCAGCUUUCCGGAUGACCUGACGGAAGGCAAACGUGCCGGCGCCGCAUGCAUCGUUUCUGACGGAGACCUGCCCAUUACGAUCGAGUGGUUCAAGGACGGUCGGCCUCUGGACGCCGAGCUGGAGGCCUCGGUCGCUAAAGCCAACGACUACACGUCGUUCCUCUCAUUCACCGGCGUCCUUCAGCUACACUCGGGCAACUACACCUGCGUCGCCUCGAACCCGGCAGCGUCGGCAAAUUACACAGCACCUAUGCUCGUACAAGUGCCUCCGAGAUGGCGUCAGGAGCCAGUUGAUAAGGCAACUAUUAUGGGCCAGGCGGUGACCUUCGACUGCCAAGCCGAUGGAUUUCCAGUACCCGUCAUCAGAUGGAAGAAAGCAAAUCCAGGCUCGGAUGGAGGACGACAGUUCUCCGUGAUCAUCAGCAACGCCAACGUACAGAUUUUGGAGAACGGCUCGCUGAGCAUCCGCGAGGCCGACACUACCGAUGCCGCACAUUACAUGUGCCAGGCGUUGAACGGUGUCGGGCCCGGGAUCUCAACCGUGGUUAAACUUGAGGUUCACGUGGCCGCCCACUUUGAGCGCAAGUUCCAGGCACUCACCGUUCGUCGAGGCGAGAGCGUAGCGCUCACCUGCCGUGCCGUCGGCGAGCCGCCCAUCACGGUCACCUGGACGAGAGACCGACACGCCUUCAGCCCUUCAGCGGAGCCAAGAUACGUGGUGGAGGAAAAGCCGGAAAGUGAAGCCCUGGAGUAUGUUGUCCGCAUCCCAAGCGUCGACCGCAGGGACUCGUCGUUGUUUAGCUGUUACGCCGAGAACACCUACGGACGGGAUGACACCAACUUCCAGGUCGUCGUCCAGGAACCCCCGGACAAGCCACGUGGACUUGAGGCGACGCAGACAACGAGCCGUGCGGUGACGCUCUCCUGGUCUCCGCCUUACUCCGGAAACAGUCCUGUACUCAAAUACCUGCUGGAGCACAAACGGAGAGACGGUUCCUGGGAGCACGACUCGCAAAUAACAGCUAUUGAGUCGACUGAAUUUUCACACGUGGCAAGCGGCCUACGACCGAAGACAAGCUACGAGUUCCGACUCAGGGCAGAGAACGCCAUCGGCGUCAGUGACCCUAGCGACACGCUUGUGCUCACUACUCAAGAAGAAGCUCCAACCGGCGCGCCCCGGGAGAUCAAGGUCACUCCAACUGGCUCCCGAAGCCUGCACGUUUCUUGGAAGCCGCCAUCGGACGAGGAGUCCAACGGCUUGGUCCAGGGCUACUACGUGGGCUACCGCAUUCGCGACGCGAAGGAGUCGUUCUCCUACAAAACGCUGGAAUCGUCUGCGUCGCCGGUGCAGCAGUGCGAACUGACGGAUCUGAGGCGUAGCACCCGUUACAGUGUCGUCGUGCAAGCGUUCAACGCCAAAGGAGCGGGGCCCGCUUCGCAGGAGGUCUUCGCUCAAACCCUCGACAUCGAUGCUCCAGCUGCACCACGUCUCAAGAUGGUUUCCUCAACGUCAUCUUCAGUGCACCUGAGUUGGGAUGUUGAGAAAGACCAGCCAAUAAACGGUUUCGUGCUGUUUCACAAACCAGAGCCGUCUCCGACUCCCGACGCCCAGUCCACUGAAGACGCCGGUGACUGGACUGAAGUGCAAACUGGAUCCGAGCGGUCGGCAUACGCGUUUCGAGGCCUCCGAUGUGGCCGCAAUUACGCCUUCUACGCUGUCGCCUUCAACGCCGCUGGAAGGGGUCCGCGGAGCAACACCAUCCUGGCUAAGACUGAUGGAUCAGCGCCCGUGGCACCUGAUGAGCGUGACGUACUGUUGUGCAACGUGACCUCGGUGACGCUUCAAUUGAGUUCCUGGAAGAGCGGCGGUUGUCCUAUCCUCUCGUUCGCCGUGCUGUGCAAGCCGCAGUCUCAAAAGGAAUGGUCAACAGCCACAGCCACGCACCUGAUACCGGACAACAAGCAACCACCCGUGCUGGUCAUUCCGGACCUGAACCCGGCGACCUGGUACGACCUGCUCAUCACGGCAGAGAACGACGCUGGAGCCACGGAAGCUGAAUACGUCUUCGCUACCCUAACACCGUCCGGAGGCACCUUACCACCUCCUCAGUGGACAAAGGCUGUCGAGUCACCACACCGGCAUAUUCGCAUCAUCAUCCCUAUUGCCUGUACCAUUCUGGCGAUGCUGCUCAUCUCCGCCGCCGUCUGCUACGUGUUCUCACGCAGACGCCUAUCUGCCAUCCAAAGGCCGUACUCAGGUGAAAGCGAUCAAGCUUCUGAGGUGAUGAAGUCUGUCGACACUGUACCGAUGAGCGUGUGGGAGAAUUCAAAGCACCAACAGCAGUUCCAAGUGGCAAACCAGCAGCAGCGCCCUACGGAACGGGAGCAGCUCUACUGCCCUUCGCCGUAUUCCGCCGGCGGAGGACGUCUCGGAUCGCUGUACACGACAGAAGGAUUACGAUCGGGAUGGGCCUCCGCGCGUAGCCUACAGAGCGCCUAUGGAGGAACCAGAAGAUGACAGAUUGAGGCCGCACCACACCUACGACGUGCCUUUUCUUCGGAGGCCUCCGGACUCCGAACAAGACCAGCUAGGUACGCAGGAAGACCUGACAAGUUCAACAGAGCGCCUUGGAGACCACAUAUACUCCAAACCUACAACUGUGUACGUGUCUCCAGACAAGUGCAAGGCCCAGCGCAAGUCCCUGCAGACGCUGAGCAUCAUCGAGGGCUACCCCAACAGCAAUGUCUCGUACGUCUACUCGAGACCGAAGAAGAAGCACUGGGGCAGCAACGACGAGGAAAUUUUCUACGCUGAACACAAGAUGCGUAAUCUAGCUAGGUACGCAGAUGAACUGAAGUCAGAGGAAGUGGACUCGCGUGAAAGUGGCCUAGAGUUUGCGGUCGACGCGUACGAGCUGUCCGAGGCCGAGUGUGACAUGCCAACAAGGCAUUGCUCUGUGCAGACAUAGGCUGCUGCAGCGACAAACGGCCUGUGACGAACAGCCUGACCAACGCAGCCAGACACAGUUCGCGGCGAGUUUCACCCGCAACAUCUCCGUGCUGCUUUGACCAACUCUGCUGUGAAUAUUGUGAUGUGACUAAGGACGACCUCAAACGUUCAAGACAAUUGUGUGACGCGAAAAUCUGUGUUACCUGAACAUUUAUUAAUUCUUACUUUUACCUUAACCGCUUUCAGCGAAGCUCUAAACUUUCGAAAUGCUGUUUUCCGCUCUGGUGGGAUACUUCACAAGGAGGGAGCCGUUCAAUGAAAAAAAUAUGCUUCUUUUUAAAGGGGCCAUGACACCCAAUUUUCUUUCAUAAUCUGUGUUUAAUGGUAAAAUCCUUGUGCGUUCACAAACAAGCUGGCGAAAUGUUAGCCUAUUUUGGCCGAGCAAUUUAUGUAUAACUGAAUAUAUUGAUACACACGCGAGUGUACUCAGAGUCGGCAAACACUGGCGUGCUCGUGAAAUCUGACGUAACAAGCUGCUUGCUGUGCGAGCGUCUGCAUUCCGGCGAACGAUUUCGUUUCGUUGUCAGCUGCCGUGAAAUCCAGCUAUCCCGGCUUUCCUCAGCAUGGCAUCGAAAUUGAAUUAGCGGUAGCGGCUGAAACCUUGGUAGAAGGUGACGGCUCUGCUCCAAUCAGCACAUGGCGUCACACACGCCAUGCCAAAAUGGCGAUCGUCGCCGGCAGGCGGGAUUUAUAGCCGGCGACAUCUAGGUCAUAUUUGGCACUGAAUUAUUCUCUUACACUCCAUUUUUCAUAUACGAGUAUGUAGAGGCACAAUAGACCCUCUUCUUCUCUUUUUCGCGGGAAACCCCAAAUUCUUGUUUAACCAUAGUUCAGUAUGUACCAUCAAGCCCUCAUUGAAACUCUGUAUUGUUGGGGGACAGUGUCAUGGCCUCUUUAAGGUUCAGCAAUGGGGUAGGUGUUGGAGCCUGGCUAGUGGUAAGGGCUCCAAUUUGCAGAAGCACCGCUUUCUUUUGACAUAUGUGGUCCUUGACUUCAUCCGUAGCCCUGAAAUUAGGAACUUUUCAAGAACAAUAUCAGAAUAUUACGACACCCAGAGGAUGGCGAUAAGUAGAAGAAUGAGUUACGAUAUCGCCAGUGAUCACACUGGUUGGCGUUGACAAUGUAAGCAUUUAUUGUAGGCAUUUGUGAAACGUUGAUUGUUACAAGGUGCGCCAUCCAUUGCAGGGAUGGUCAUUGACGUGUGCAUAAGUUAAUUAAUCAUGUCCUUUUCAACUAAACAACGCUCUAUGAGUGGCCAUUUUCCUCUUGCGAUAUUGCGUCUGACUUGUAUUUCGUGGCCGGCUAGAAUAUCCCACGAAAAGAGGAAUUUAUUAGUGGCAUGAGCAACGACUGAAACUCUUGUUUCUAUUCCAAGCACUUCUGGUCGAGCAAUUACUUCCGAUUUCCUGAAUACUCAGAAAACUAAAGAAAAAUUAAACUGGUAAGAAAUCCAUUGCUCUGGCACUAGUUAAGUGUUAUAUUAGAUACAAAUGAUAUCGGAGCAGAGGUUUACUUAAGGUAUGGUCCAAUAAUUGUAAGUAUAAUAAUGAAAAGUAUUUUAGUGAGUUCAUUGAAAAAAACAGACCCUUUCCUCGUGAGCCGCUGGCAUCGCCACGGCGGAGGGAAUCUCAACCAUGCGCUUCUUGCUACGUGGCCUCUGCGAUCGGCUUCUGCAGCACGCGAAACACAAACUUUAAUCCAAGGAAUACACCAAGGAACAGGAAUGUCAACGUGCGAGUGGCACCACCAGACAACUAAGUCGAGGAUUAGGGUCGCCUCCAGAUUUUUUCUUUUCACGUUGUACGCAUGCAAUAAUAUGACGAAGCGCAACAGGCUGUCCGAAUGUCUAAAAGAAGGCAAAGAAAAAGCGAGGAGCCAGACAGACGAGUUUAUAGCACAUCUGUCACAGCGCAACUAAUAGAACUUGCAUGCGCGACAGCCCAGUCCUCACAGAAGACUCUUUUUUUGUGGAAUCAUUUUUUUUAACAUUCAAACAAUGAACUGAAAAAUUCACUUUUUGUGAAAUGUUGAUAACAUAUACACUGCCGAAGAAAGCUUUAAAUAUUACACUGACCAAAGGAAAUGCUACCUUAACGAGGAGAGAGUCUGGCGCUAGAUGGUAAGAUGUUGUCCUUGUAGUUAAAGGUAUAGUUAACAAAAUAAAGUUCGACCGAGUGAUUGUUACGUAAAUAUUUGUUCGCGUUGUGCAACUGUUGUAAGCUCAC